CAACAUACAGUAGCAAUAAUGGGUCAAGUAAAGCCACAAACUUUCCACGCUCUCUUCUUCACUUUGUUUGCAUGCCUGCCAUCACUGUGCCGCAGUUGCCAUGACGGAACCAAAAUCCAAGGAAUGUUCGUGUUUGGGAGCUCUUUGGUCGACAACGGCAACAACAACAACCUCAUAGACGCCAUAGCCAAGGCCGAUUACUUGCCGUAUGGUGUAGAUUUCCCAGGUGGGGCGAGUGGGAGAUUCACAAAUGGGAAGAAUGUGAUUGAUCUUCUUGGACAACACCUCCAACUCCCUGCUUAUAUCCCACCCUUCACUCAUCCUUCUACCAGAGGACCCAACAUUGUUCAUGGUGUCAAUUACGCUUCCGGUGGGUCUGGAAUCCUGGAUGACACUGGCUCUGUCCUGGGAAAUGUGAUUUGCUUGAAUAAACAAGUGGAGAAUUUUGAGCAUGUGACUGUGCCAGAAUUGGAGAAGCAGCUGGAUAAUAAAGCACAACAAUUACUGCAAAACUACCUCUUUGUUGUGAGUGCCGGGGGCAACGACUAUUCAUUCAAUUACUUCUUGGGCUUACCCAAUGCCAAUCUCACUCUUCAAGCUUUUACUUCCCACUUGACCACAACACUCUCCCACCAACUAAAGAGGUUGUACAAAUUGGGGGCUCGCAAGUUUGUGGUCAUGUCUCUAAACCCCAAUGGGUGCAGUCCAUCAGCCAAGGCUAGGAACCCCCGCCGCAGCGGUUGCAUCCAAUAUCUCAACCGAGCAGCUCAUCUCUUCAACCACAACUUGAGGACAUUGGUGGAUGCCAUUUUGCCAGAAAUGCCUGCUUCUAACAUAGUUUUCGUCAAUGCAUACAAGGUCAUUAGGGAUAUCAUUAAGAAUCAUGCCUCUAAUGGAUUUGUAGAUGCAAGCAAUGCUUGUUGUGAAGUCCCCUCAAUAGAUGAAGGUGGAAAUGGGAUUCUAUGCAAGAAAGUAGGAUCCAUAUGUGCAAACAGGAGCAAUCAUGUCUUCUUUGAUGCCUUACAUCCAACUGAAGCAGUAAAUGCAGUGAUUGCUAGGAAGGCUUAUACUUCCAUACGGAAAACUGAAGUUUACCCUAUGAAUGUCAAGCAACUCUCACAAAUUUAGAGCUUAAUUAAUUCCUAUUAGUGUGUUUUCUAAGCUUAAUGUCAACCAACUCGAUCUUAAUAGCUACUCCCAUACGUGGGU